AUGACCAACAACAGACUGCAAUACCGCCGCCGGAACCCUAGCAGGAUGGCUAUCACCAUUUCGAACGAGUUAUUGACGGGUUUUUUUGCUUUCAAUAGGUACAACACGCGGUCCAACAAGGUUCGCAUCAUCAAGACCCCCGGCGGCGAGCUCCGUUACCUUCACCUGAAGAAGAAGGGUACUGCUCCCAAGUGCGGUGACUGCGGCAUCAAGCUCCCCGGUAUCCCUGCCCUCCGUCCCCGCGAGUACUCUCAGAUCUCGCGCCCCAAGAAGAAUGUCAGCCGUGCCUACGGUGGCUCUCGCUGCGCUGGCUGCGUCAAGGACCGCAUUGUCCGUGCCUUCCUGAUUGAGGAGCAGAAGAUCGUCAAGAAGGUCCUCAAGGAGUCCCAGCAGAAGGCCGCCAAGCGCUAA